UCAUUCCAUAAACCUUUACGCCAAUAAUAUUUCUAUUUCUACAGUGAGCAACAAUGGCGUUAUUAUUAACUGUGGUGAAUAUUAUAUUGCUUGCAAAUAAUGUGUACGGGUCUGUAAAGAAGGGUGUGUCCUUGUAUCCUGGCCUGCAUCUUUGUGAUGACUUCAAAGUUCUCAACAACAUGUCAUGGUGGUAUGACUGGCGUAUGGACUUGCCAUUUUGGCAUGAAAAAGUGUCAAAAGUGUGCCCACCAUCCACGGACCAGUCAAUGCCGCCACAUGUACCCAUGAUAAAGGUUUACAACAACCACACAGUUCUUAAUAUACCAGUGGAUGCUCCAUAUAUUUUGGGUUUCAAUGAACCAAACCACAAGAAUAUGACCCCUCAGCAAGCAGCUGAUGCCUGGCCGGAAAUAGAAAAGCACUCUCAUGGAAAACCCCUUGUAAGUCCAGCGACAGCGGGUAAAGACUUUCACUGGUACGAUGAGUUCUUCAGGUUAUGCCACGGUUGCCGAAUAGACUACAUCGCCGCACAUCUGUAUAGCUGCGACGCCCAUCAGACCAUGUCAUACUUGCAGAAGCUGCAUCAUAGGUACCACAAAAAAGUAUGGCUGACAGAGUUUGCAUGCUCCCAUUCAACAGACGAAAAUCAACAGUUGCAUCUCAUGCAGACUCUACUGCCGCAACUCGAGGCUGCUCCCUAUGUAUAUAGGUAUGCUUGGUUUGAGGCUAGAAUAACACACACUCUUGGAAAUGGCUUUAUAUCUACGGCAGCCAGUCUGUUACAUAAAGAUUCCUCAACCUUGACGACCAUUGGACACUUCUACAACAACUUCCAUGGGAAUGGGCAAAAUUCACAUAUAGUUGGAUGAUAAGCAUGCUAAAACUGUAAAAUAAAAAGUCACUGAGCUUGUG